GCUAACCUAAUCGAUUCUAUCGAAUUGAAUUUGCACAUGCUCGCGGCAAUUUAAACUCGGUUAAGCAUCGGCGAAUCGAUAUUAAUCGGUUUAUCAAUCAAAAUCGUUUGUCUAAGUCGAUGAUUGAAACGAAUAAAUAAGAAUACAGUGUGUGUUACGAAAUUGUGCGACAGUUGUAUUUCCGUUUUGUAAUACAUAAACGAUUAAUUAGUUUCUCGAUCAAAAUCAACUAAACUAAUUAUUAACGUUAAAAUGAAAUUCAAUUGAAAUUCAGUGUAGUAUUAUUAAAAUGUCUGAGGGUUUUUCCGUUUUGUUAUAUGUAAACAAUUGGUUGGUUUAUUAAUACAAUUCUUUGCCGAAAUUUACCAUUAACGUGAAUAAUCUAUCAGUGUCGUAAUAUAAUAAAAUGUGCUGUGGUGCUGCAUAUGUUUUAUAAUACGUAAACAAUUGGAUUUAUCGAACAAAAUUGUCUAAAUUAAUUCGUAAAACAAACAGUUAAUCAAGAACACAGUUUAUGUUAUUAAAAGAAGUUCUAUUUUUCCAAAAUCAACUUCAUCAAUUAAUUCAACAUUGUGCUUUCAAAAUGUUUGUAAUAUAUAUUAUUAUAGCAUUAUUUAAUGCGCCCGUUGUGUUUGGUGCUCAGCAAGGAAAAUGCGAUCAAACGCCACCACAAGCAAAAGUGUUAAUUCCAAGCAAAAAUAAAGGCACAUACAAACUAACUAUAGAAACUAAUCAGCAAAUCCCGUUUCUGUUCAUGCCGGACCAGACAUAUGUUGUAACACUCCAGACACAGAAUAACGCCAAACCAUUCCGGGCGUUUAUGAUCACCGCAGAGGAUCCAAAUGUAGACAAUACCCAUGACCUCGGCCCAAAUUUAGUGGACGUGGGUAGCCUGAAGACUUUGGAUACGGAGAUUGGCAGGAAGUCCAGAUACAGCGAAAGAUGUUACAGUUCUGUUGAGAAUACUGACAGCUCCGAUAAAUAUAAGAUUGAGAUUCAUUGGAUAUCGCCGAAGCAAAGCUACACAUCACAAAAAAUCCGUCUUCGCGCUAUGGUGGCUGAAAACGAAGAAGUAUGGUACACUGGAGGAGACGAUCUGAUAGUGAUGAUGGAGAAAGACAACCAUCCUCCUCUGGACAGUCCACCUCAUCCACCGUCUCCGACAUGCAACUUGUGCAGUGAAGCGAGAUAUGAGGUUGUUUUUCAAGGCCAGUGGUCGAGAUUAAAACAUCCAUACCAUUAUCCAAGUAAACCUGACGAAAAUGGGUACAGCCAUAUGGUUGGUGCUUCCCAUUCCUAUAACUACAUCAUGUGGAAACAAGGACUUAAGGCCAGCGACGGUUUGAAGCUACUAGCUGAACAAGCUGAUGUCACAGAAAUGGAGAGAGAAAUUAUAAAUGCGAUGUCAAAAGAAAAUGGAACAAGAACUCUGAUAAGAGGAAAACGGCGUCAUCAUCCAUAUAUGGCGGAACCAUCGCAAGCAUUAUUUCGUGUAGAUAGAGAACAUCACAUGUUCUCUAUAGCCGUCGCGAUGAGGCCAUCGCCAGAUUGGUUUUUGGGGACAUCUAGGUUUGAACUGUGUAAAGAGGACGAAUGGUUGGAAUAUUACGAAAUACCUUUGUUUCCAUGGGACGCUGGAACUAUGGAUGGAGUAUCUUACGAGUCAACACCAACAAUGACCCAGCCUGUAGACGUAGUGAAACGAGUUGAAGUGGGUUCCUUCAAUAGGGAGUCCCCAUUCUAUCAAAAGAACUUGAAAGAUUUAGCACCCUUCGCUACUCUUCAAGUUAAGAGAUUGGACGUGUAUCCUAUACCAGAAGAGGAUUGUCAUCAGGACCAAGAAGACAAUUCUAAACGAAAUGCAGAAGAAGGAGAUGAAGAUACAGAAGAAAUGGAAGCGCUAGAUGAACCCCAGGCGGCGGAGUCGAGGCAAUCCGAAGGAACGUGUAGUGUUAGUGAGUGGAGUGACUGGUCUCCAUGUGUCCCUGAUAAUGGGAUUUGUGGAAGGGGGCUACAAACAAGAAAGAGCAUUAAAAACGGAAGCACAUAUAAUAACCAUAUCAGUCAAACUCAUCAACAAAUCGGUUCACGUAGCAACUGUAAUGAAGACGAUGCUGUGAGGGUACAAAACCGACAUUGUUCUAUAAACUGUUAAAACAACACGUGUGUACAAUAAAGUGUGAUCAUAUAAACAGAUUGUUAAUAAUGAUUAGCUAUACCCGUAAAACAUGGAUAUCUAUUGAAUUUCAUUGAUUGCUUAGAAUGUUUGAUACGAUUUUAUUUAUUAGGUUUAGGUACUGCCUACCUUUAUAUCAGGAUUACAAUCAAAUGACGUAAUAAUUUGAUACCUACCUACUUACCAAUUAUAAAAUAUUUAAUUGUAAGUACUAUUAGUAACUGUUAAUUAUAUUUUAAAUAGGUAUAGGUAAGUAUUAUAGAAGUCCAACUGCCUAAUUAAGUAAUUAGAUAACAAAGUAUACAUAGAUUUAUGUAGA